CGAAACCUCAACCCGAACCCGAUUCUCAGGAAAUUUGACGGCACAUUGUUAUUUCGAUUUUCCCUCUUCCCUUCACAAAUAACAGGGAAAACUUUUUAGCUGCCAAAAACAAUCUUUCCUGCACCACUUACAAUUUUCAUUCCUGCUAGUUUGUGUUUGUGUAUAUACGUACAUUCACAAAAUUAGGGUUAGGGUUAGGGUUCCGAGCUUUGAUUUGGGUUUGGUGAUCAACUCUGGAAGCGUGAUAAGUACCAUGUACGCUGAUCGGGAAGAGGCACUAAGUCGGACGUCUAUAAAAGAAAGGCUGAAGCGCAAUGCUGCUGAUGAUUCUGCUCGCCGGAGACUAAUUUCCGGCAAGAGGCUCAGAGAAGACAAUGACAAAUGGGUGCAUGACCUUUAUGAGCCUGAUGAACUUCAAGGAUCAAAUCAGAGAAUUGGUACAAAGGAUCUUCGUCUCAAACUUCAACGAAGAAGAAGUAUUCAACAAGCUACUCAAAUAAUAAAGAGUUCUUUAUCUGGAGGUACGAGGGAUCUGCGGGAAAAGCUCUCUGGUACUGUAUACUCGCAAACAAUGCAAACUGGUCCCACUAAAAAAAAGCUAAAGAUAAUUCCUGAAGUCAGCAAACCUUCCAAGAGAACUGACAUAGCUGCAGCUCCUGCCUCAGAGACGAAAAACAUUGCCAGCAAAGUUUCUAAGAAGAAGUCCCAGCAGAAGGCAAGAAUAUCUCACUUACUCAGAUUACUUUUACAAAUGAGAUCUUACUGCUAGAAAUUGUGCAGCCCUUUAAAAAAUUCACAAUCUGGGGAAAAAGCGCGAGUCUGAGAGUGUAUAUCUAGACACCAAAUUUUUGGUUAUUGCUUCAUGGAUGUCCCUAAGACAAAAUAUGGCUUAAAGAUAACCGCCAGCAGAGAAGGGUAAGUGGAGGUCUUAGACAAAGAUAGCAUGUUUACAUGACACCAUAUUCCUUAGUCUUCUGCUCUUUAAGCAUUAAAAUAUUUAAUUUGCUGCUGUUGGUUGUUGGACUGUGUUUCUACGAAGCUACUGCGUGAAAGUUCGGAAAGUAUUAUGCUUAUAGCAGUCUGCAGGUCCAGUAUUAGAAUUCUGUGACAUGUAAUCAGAUGACCAGUAUAAUAAAAGCUGCUAAGUGUGCGUA